AGUCGCAUACGGUUGUUUCCAUAUGAACGAACAAACUGUUUUUUUAGCGGAGUGCGCUGCUGUGAAAUUUUGAAAGCUCUUUUUGGACCCUUUAAUUUUAUGUAACGGCUGUGCGGCACAUUCAAUAUCCAAGCGAAAGGAGGUCCACACACUCCCCUGGCGCCGCCUGAGCGUGGUCGUCCUGCUCCGCGCUUCUAGCACCAUCACCUCCACCACCACCCCCCCAACCCGUGAAACAUAACGCGAAAAUCGAUUUCGGCUGCAGGCGCAGGAAGAAACUGAAGAAAGUAUGUCCCACGGCGAUGUGGACCCCGAGGUAGAGAUGACAUCGCCCCACCGUAUUCAUGGGGACGCAGGAAGUCACCCAAGGUCGCAGACAUUCUGGAAGCUACAGUGCUGGCGGAGCAGCAUGCUGCUCAUAGUCGGAUUUGCAUUGUGCGUCCUCGCGCCUGGAUGCAGCGCCACGGACACUGACAUCGCUCUGGACGCCAAGGCCACGCUCAAUCACCGCAUCCAGAGCCUGGACCUUCUAGUCUUCGUGUUCCUGCUGGCGCUCACAGUGCUCACAAUUUGGCUUUUCAAACACCAUCGCGUCUCCUGGCUCCACGAGACGGGAUUGGCCGUCAUCUACGGCUUGAUUGUGGGUGCAAUUAUACGAUAUGCCGGCACCUCCGCCACCCUGGUCCACAUGCAGGUGGAGCCUCAGGGAGUUCCAACGUACAGCGAUAAAUUGCCGCCUGAUACUCUUUGGUUUAGGUACCCCGUUAAUCAAACAAAUGGCACAAAGCCGCCAGAGGGAAUCAAGACGUAUGCCUACGUGUUUCGAGGACAGGUACACGAUGUGGAUGAGAACGAAAUCGAUCUUAAGGCAACGUUCGAUCCGGAGGUAUUUUUCAAUAUUAUCCUGCCCCCAAUUAUCUUUUAUGCGGGCUAUAGCUUGAAAAAGAAAUACUUCUUUCGCAACUUGGGUGCCAUACUUACGUUUGCCAUUGUGGGCACGACUUUGUCGGCCUUCCUAAUCGGAGGCUUCAUGUACGGCUGUGUGAAACUGAUGCCAAAGUACUUGAGUAGCAGUUUCACAUUCCUGGACUCCUUAUACUUUGGAGCUCUGAUAUCGCCCACAGAUCCGCUCACCAUUCUAGCCAUAUUCAACGAUCUUAGGGUCGACGUAAACCUAUAUGCGCUAGUCUUGGGCGAAUCUGUGCUCAACGAUGCCGUGGCCAUAGUCCUUAGUGGAGCCAUUCAAAAUUAUGGUGAACACUAUUCCAAUACCGGGGAAUUCGAAACUACAGCUUUUCUACGCUCGUUGAGCGAUUUCUUCUCCAUCUUCUUACUAUCCCUGAUGAUUGGCGCGGCCAUGGGAUGCUUGACAGCAUUGAUGACCAAAUUUACUCGGGUUCGAGACUUUCCUUUGCUAGAAUCCGCGCUCUUCGUGCUCAUGAGCUACAGCACCUUCCUGCUGGCUGAGGCUACGGAACUUACUGGUGUGGUGGCCGUGCUCUUCUGCGGCAUCUGCCAGGCUCACUACACGUACAACAACUUGUCGGAGGACUCGCGCCAAAGGACAAAACAGAUAUUCGAGCUCCUGAACUUUCUAGCCGAGAAUUUUAUCUUUUCCUACAUUGGCGUAUCGAUGUUCACCUUUCCCAAGCAUCAUUUUGACGCCGGUUUCAUUAUAACAGCUUUUAUUUGCGCUGCCAUUGGAAGGGCGGUGAAUGUGUAUCCCUUGUCCUGGCUGCUGAACAUAAAGCGAAAGCCGAAAAUUUCCACAAACUUUCAGCAUAUGUUGUUCUUUGCUGGACUUCGUGGCGCCAUGUCCUUUGCCUUGGCCAUCCGAAAUACAGUGUCGGACGAACGACAGACGAUGCUGACUGCCACAUCGCUGAUUGUCAUCUUUACGGUUGUAAUUCAGGGUGGGGCUGCAAAUUUCCUGCUUAAUUGGUUGAAAAUACCCGUUGGCGUGGACGAUGAGACUGAACAACUCAAUAACUAUCAAGUGCACAGUGUUUACAAUUCAAUGGACAAUUCACAUCCACAGACGUCUGAUGGUUAUUUGCAGGAUGUGGAGGGCGGUGGCGUUAAUCGCAACAAGAUGCGCUUGUCCGGUGGAACAGAUACGAACUUGGACACGCCCGUCGAUGGUACGAAUGGCAGUUUGGGCGGAGCAAGCGGCGGUCGCCGGCGCAACAGCCACGAGAAGGCCAUUCUUGCUAGGAUCUGGGGAAACUUUGAUACCAAGUACAUGAAGCCCUUACUGACGCACUCGCGACCCACUUUGCUGGAGACGCUGCCCGUUUGCUGCAAUCCCAUUGCCAGACUGCUCACCACCACACAGCAACUAACGCAGGAUGGAAGCGAGUUCAGACGCGUGGACUCGGACUCGGACAUUUGCAUAGACAAUGAUACCGGGAACGGUCUCAGUCAGGAUGGGUCCGGAGCGGCACCAGGCGUGGGGCGUCGGAACUCCCUGAGUCGCUCUGUUCACUUGAACGAAGCCAAUCACCUUGCAAACGAACUCAGCCUGGUUGCUAACAAUUUCAUGUAAUCCAAAGAGUGGACCCUAUCUAUUUUUGUAUUUGAUUUAUUUUUGUUAUUUAUAAUAUUUUGUUCGAUUCUGUCUACUUUUCCUUGGUAAACCCAUUGUAACGAAGCACAGACGGAGACCCAGACAUGAUUAACUUAGCCACGAGCCAGUGAAAUUGAAAUCUGAUUAACCAAAGCUUCUUAGAGCACAGCAGUCAGGAAUGUUUGUUUAUAUUGUUCACUUUUAAUUUCUGUAUUUUUCCUCAUAAUCUUAUUUCUUAGAUUCUAACACGCGACUAACCAUGUUGGAGGCGAUCAUCGAAAUGCUUACAUAUAAGUUCAAUAAGUUCUUAGUUUUCUUUUGUUAUUUAUUGAAUUGGUCUCAACUGAAAUCGAAAAUGUGAAAACUGUACAAAUUAGAAUAUUACUUUUCAGUUUAUCCUUGUUUAUGGAAAUGUGAUUCGGAACUCUAGUAAUAAACACAAAUCUGAAAGUUGUUGUGCAACUAUUUAAGAUCAGUAAGGGCACAGAAGCUAUAAAAAUGAUUUCUAUCAUCGAGCUAACGUACACUAGUACCAUACCUUAUAACACGAUAAAUUACAUGCAUAUAUAGCCUCUUUGAUUCUAUUAUUUUUAGAACUUGCCUCUGCAAUUUACCUAGUUUUUCCUAAAUACAUAAAUAUAUAUAUAUAUACACAAGCCAAAUUGAAUGGCCUAGCAAAAGUUUAAUCGCAUACUUAUGGACAUAUUUCCUUCUUCUUAUCUAUUCGACAUCGAAAAAUGUGCUAACAUGUAUAUUGUAAUCGCCCGAAAACCACAAACCAUAUUAUAUUCAGAUGGAGAUUCUGGAGCAUGUCCAAAGUCCGGUGUCGACGAGAAUCCGGCUCUUAGGAUUUUACGGGAAAAAGUUAUAAGGCACAGGCGCAGGCAAACAUAUACUAUUUCAUUUUUGAUGUAUUUUACACAACAUAAACUUAUAGCUUUUUCGUUCUAAGCCAGUUAGUGUAAAUAUAUCGUUUCGAAAACGGACUAAUUGUAUUCGGUUUAGUUUUUAAGUUUCAAAGCUGAUUCACUUGCUGAUCUAUAACAUUUUCCGAUAUUACCUAGGACCCUCCUAUUUCUUACUAUAUAUACGCUGUAUUUAAAACAAAGCGAAGCUCUCUGAAAAUAUUAAUUGUUGUGCUGUUAAUUUUUAAGUCAAAACCAAAAUAAAUAAAUAAAAAAUU